AUGCCGCAUGUGGAAGGGUCCCUGGGGUCGCCGUUGCCCUUGGUAGAGACCCUGCCUCCCCCUGGACAGGCACCCACUGCCACUAGGAGGGCCCAUGGCAGCGCCGCCGACCAUAAGAGGGCUCAUAGAGGCGCCGCAGCUCCUGGCAUAUGUACGACCAAGCAAGCUAUAGGGCUUCUGGGAGGAGGCGUCCCUAGUAGAGCCCUUGGGGGCCCCGCUGCAUCUGGGAGGUCCCCUGGGGUCUACGCUGCUCUUGGGAAGGCCCCAGAUUUCGCCGACGCCAUUGGGAUAUCACCUGUGGUCGCCACCGCCUCUGGGAGGACCCCUGGGGUUGCUGAACCUCCUGGGACGGCCCAUGUGGGCACCUUUGCAUCUAGGAGGGCCCCUGGGGUAACUGCUGCCUCUGGGAAGGCCCCUGGGGUAUCUGACGCCCCUGAGGCGGCCCCUUGGUGCGCUGCCGCUCCUGGGAGGGCCUUUGGGGGCACUGCCGCGCCCCAAAAAACCCUAGGGGUGCCUCUGCCACUGGGAAGGCUCCUGGGGUUUCCACCGCCCCUGAGACGACCCCUGGAGUUUCCGAAGCCCCUGGCAGGACCCCUGUGGGAAUCGCCAGCUCCUGGGAGGGCCUCUGAUGUCUCUGUUGCUCCUGGCAGGGCCCGUAGAGGCGCCGCUGCCACUAGGAGAGCCCCUUAA